AUGAUGGUUUAUCAUACAACAUACGAGGAUGCGCGGAGGGAUGAGUCCACUACAGCUCGACUUUCCACCACCAAGAGAACAAAAAGUUACUGCUCAUGUUUCUCGGAAUCAUCGGCAGAUGAAGAAAGUCGACCACCUAUGGAAACAACAACACGUCACAGGACAAAUGCGCGUACUUCAUCACUGCCCCCUAAUCAGAGAGAUGAGUAUCUCAUUCAUUGCCAGGCGGUAAGCUCCCCUCACAGAUCCGAACCACUGACGAAGCAUGCGGAUGCAGCUCGUCGCUACACAGCACUGAAAUCGCAACACACUGCCACCGUUCCACGAACGGCGAAAUUUACAAAGACGUGGAGGGGAAAUGUGAAUAGUAAACUUCACUUAGGUACACCAGAGCGGAAACGGAGCCUUACAGAACUACAUAAUCUUCAGAGAGCUAUGAAAGCCGGAAUAUUAGAACGUGUUAUCUCUCCCUCAGGGCAGACAUCGAAUAAACGGGAACUACAAAGUCCUCAAGGGAGCUUACACGAGUUCUCUAGAUCGCCAACUGCUACUACGAAAGCCCAAAAGAAAAGGUCGAUAUCCAAAAUAUUCGAAGAGUAUAUCGCGACUACCGCAAAUAGGUUGGAUGACACUCGAAAAAGCCUCGGUAUCAAGGUCCACUCUCCAUUCGGGCGCCUUGGCCACUCAUCUCUUCGCCGCAAGACAUCUUCGAAUUCAAUAGAUUCUUUCUAUUGCAUUGGCCUGACUGAGGACCAACAACGGGAUUAUGCAAGGGCAGCAGCUACAGCAGCGUUGGAGAGCAGGCAGCAUAAACACGCGCAAUCUCCGCUAGAGAUGUUUAGCAGAAACGGCACAGACUCAACUUCAACGCUCAACUGCAGACUUUGCAGGAGAUUGGCAAGUUAUAGUGGAGGCCUGUGUGAAAACUGCAAGAUGGAGUUCAGGAGGCCCAAGACCACAACCACCACCACUACCUUAGAGUAUUUCUCGGAUGAUGAGAUUAGACCUAUACCACCGCUCAAGGAUUCGAAGUAUGCUUCUCUCGCACGAGGGCGCCAUGACCGGUCGUAUACGGACCAGCGGAAGGAAGAACAAGUAGAGAGGGCAACAUGGGGAAUAAUACCGAUAGGCAGACAGCCAACAAUCGUUACCCCGGCCCUGCCUACACAACGCUCUUACGAAGUACUGCUGGUCGAUGAGGACGAAGGUGACCACGGAGGUAGAUGGCACACCGGGGCAUCUGACGGUGGUUUCUUUUAA